CGGCUCUUGCCGUCAUGCGGUUUCGGGCCACCGUCGAGAAUGUCAGCUUGUUCUUUAGACUCAUUCAAUCCAUUGAGAAGCUACAGAAGAAAUGCAUCAUCAGGUUCACGGAGGAGACUAUGCACAUCAUCUGCAACCACGACGCGAACGAGGGCGGCAUUCAAGUCUGGUCCCAAAUCAAAGUCAUCACCAUCUUCACCUCCUACCGCAUCCAGUCCAAUGCCAACAACGAGAUCACCAUGGCCCUCGCUUCCGACGCCCUCCUCGCUACCCUGCGCUCUUGCACGACCCACGAAUCCGACGACAUUACCGUCAAGCUUGCAAAGAAGAACGAGCAGGCGGUGUUGAGUUUUGAAAUCAGCGGCUUUUCGCGCGUCGGGCAGCGUGUACGGGUGGCGCAUGAUGUGCGCAUAGAGGUACUCAAGCCAGCGGACGUGGAGAGGCUGGGGGAACCAAUGUGCCCAGAUCCGGAUGCCCACAUCCUGCUACCACCACUGCAGAAAUUGCGCACGGUCGUCGAGCGCAUGCGUAUAAUGUCCGACGUACUCGCCAUAAGGGCGAACGGUAGCGGCUGCUUGCAGCUCGCCAUUCACACGGACGACGUCAGUGUCGACACCGUCUGGAGGAAUUGUACGAAUCCAAAAAUGCCACGCGCGGAUGCCUCCUCCCAGGACGACUCGGGUGAUCGCGACCCGGAGCAGUACCACUCUGUCUUCGUCAACAUCCGCAGCUUCAUCAAAUUCCUGAAUGCGCACGUCGUCUCGAGCACGACCAUGGCUUGCAUCUGCCAAAAUCACUGCAUGAUCCUCUAUGUCUACAUCGGCGAUGUCGCGACUACGGGAGGCGUCUUGACGUUCUAUAUACCGGCUAUCAUCGACGACGAAGACGGCUAACCCUUUCAAGACCUCUUUACUGCGCUCUAUGGGAGCUCCGGUGAUACUCAUUGCUGAUGUACCACUGUCUACUAUCUCGCUGUGCUUACUGCUGUCGUCUGCUGCCAUCGAUGGACUCAUUGCUCAUUCUCGCUCAUGUCCAUGUCGGUGGCUCUCUGGGCGCCU